CCGUUUCGAUCGGGUUGUCUGUUUUCGACCUGCUAUUUCGAGUUUCCCAAUUAUGGGAGUGAAGCUAUUAGAUACGACAGAGACAAUCUGUCGGUCGCAAUGUUUAUUACGGAGACAAUGGAGCGUUCAUCAAUCUCGCGUCGUGAAUAAAUUAUGCGAAGGUAUUGAUAAACGCGUCGCUAUGCAGCAACCUAUAUUCAUGCAUUAUCUCUACUAUAGACUGUUUAUGCAUCACUCGGCUCUGCACUAAUUUAUCAGCACUUUGUGUCAAUAGCCUUUUGUUCAAGGAGACAACUAUAGGAGGCUCGGUAGAUAGUGGAAAUUUCGUAGAACAUGUGCCACGCAUUACCCCCGCUAUUAUCGUAUGCUAUAAAUUGAAAGUUCAGAUGUUAGCACGGAUUCGUUCACGUUAAUGCGAAACUAAAUAUCAUCACGGGACUCUGCGCAUCGGGAAAAUAGCAAACUUCCAUUUUCAAAGCAUUCUCCGCAAGCUUGAAUUUAACUAUAGUUGAAUUGUAAACUUUGAUAGAUAUUAGUUAAUUAGUAUACUCUUAACUUCUGAAUUAUUUCUUUUUUCGUUUUCAGUUAACUUUUACAUUAACGCUUUAAUUCUGUUAUAACAGCUCGAGUUUAACGGUUACUCUGUAUUUGAUUGAUAAACAUUCUGAGGGAACAUUUAUUUCGUUUCGGAUAUUGUAAAGUAAAAUAUGAAAGUUCGUGCUAGUUUUCAAUUUACUUAGCAUUUUUUAAGGAACUGAAAACAGGAUAAAUAUAGACGGGUAAGCAAGUCGUGAUUUUUAUACAGUUAUGGAUUUAUAACUGUUAUCUUAGAAGAAAAAAGUUAACAGUUAAAGGUAACUGUUACAUCAGAAACAAUUGAACAUGUUAUCAGUUUCGUUCAAAGUCUGUUUCUCCGCCAAUGCGAUGCAAUCUCGCAUCAUUCUAUUUUAUUUUAGAGUACGAUUUUUCUUCCGUAAACACAUGAAUAAGUUUCUGCAUGGGACUGCAGUAUUUACUCAUUUAAUUGACAAGCGUUCCGCGAGAUUCGUUGAAAAUUUGUAAUUAAAGUUCGCGCAAAUGCUCGUCUUAAAGUAAGUUCUUGUUCCGCGGUCGGUACUUUCACGAUUAUGACUCGCUAAUCGAGAAAAAAACACAUGUUUCAGCGCAUAGAAAAAUCCGCGAUCUUACGUAAAACGUGACAGUUGAUUUAUUCUGUUUGCUAUGUUUGCGGAUUGAAAUUCUCUACGCGAAAAUUGCCGAAGCGCCCGCGGCACGCAAAUACAACCGUAAGUUUCACUCGUGCAUUUUUCAUCGAACCGCUUAACGAAUCGUUGCCCUCGAGUGGCAAGUUAAAUAUUUAUUUAGUCAAAAUUUCAGCAACAACGAGCGCACGGUUAUUCGUCGACGCGAAUCGCAAAUGUCGGGAGUCCGGAGUCGGUAGCUUCGCGGAGGACGUCGCGACGCGUCACGAAAAGCACGCUGCCGCUAUAUAACGAUAGCGUUCAACAGGUAGACGUCGCGUCGCAGCACAAUAAAAACUUUCGAACGGUUGAUACUUCUUCAAACAUCAUCGCCGCAAACAUUAGAUAAGAAUAUUGUCGCCGGUAAUUACAGCGCGGGCGGAGUAACUGAACACACGAGGCCCGUGUCGGUGUGGCACAGCGACGGCGUUCAAUGUGACGCUAAAUCAUCGUUUGAAUCAGUGCGCAUAUUCCUAUCCAAUCUGAUUUGCACCUUAACGAUACUUAAAUGAAAGGUACUUGUUAAUGUAUACAGGGUCUUUGACGAUUGUAAAGUAUCCAUGUGCAAAUCGUGAUAACAGAGAUCAAUGGGCAAUACGAUCAGGUGCUGGGAACUGUUAAAAUGUUGAAAACAAACGAUAACGCGUUGCUUCACGCCAUGUGAAACUGGAUGCGACGAUAACGUUCGACGAUAAAGUGAACGAUAAAUCGUCUUAAUGAACGAUUGUCUAUACAACCUUUUAUGAUAUUGUGAAUGACAAUUCGAUGGUGGUCAUCGAGCUGUCGAGUAUGCAAGUGGACGAAGAUUUGAUCGAGAGAAGAUUCAUGAAAAGUGGCAAGAAACGAGCUAUAUGAACAACUUUUUUCGUAAUUGUUAUGAAAGGUUUUUCAGGAAGAGAAUAGAAGCCAUGGAUCUGCAAAUAGUGCGAUACCUGUUCGCGAUAAUGCUCUGCAUCGCGAAUAUGAUCAUCUACGGUCUGAAAGUCAACAUAUCCACGAUCAUCGUUGGCAUGGUCAAGGCUACGAAGAACGGAGACCCAGGGGAUGAUGAUAACGAAUGUAAUUUCGAAGUUCCUGAAGGUGCGAUUGUGGACAUCGACGGUCCUUUCGAUUGGUCCACCACGGAACAGGGUCUAGUAAUCAGCAUUUACUUCGCUGGCUACCUCGUAGGGAUGUUUCCUUCCGGAUACUUUUCAGAUCGUUUCAAUUCGAAGAACGUUCUGCUGAUCUGCGUGCUGGCGAACGCCAUUCUGACGAUAUUGGUGCCCGUCGCGGCUCACGAGCUGAUAGUGCUCUACAUCGUGAGAUUCCUGACGGGCCUGUUGAGCGCGGCGAAUCUACCCCUGGUGAAUGUGCUCGUGGGCAAAUGGGUCGUUUACGAAGAAAAGUCCAUGUGGGUCGCGAUCAUCUACGCGGGCAUCUCGAUGGGCACCGUAAUCGGCAUCCUUACUUCCGGGAUGAUCAUGCACUCGCUCGGAUGGGAGGCAGUCUUUUACAUCCACGGCACGCUCCCGUUGAUUUGGUGUCUGGUGUUUUACCUGUUCUUCGCCGACUGCCCCGAGCAGCAGAAGUACAUCACCGAGAAGGAGAGGGAACUAUUGGUGACCUCGUACGGGCACAGGACACCGGAAUCGGCAUCCAUGCCGGUCCCGUGGAAACAGAUCUUCACAUCGGUGCCGUUCCUCUCGUUACUAUAUGUCAACACCUUCGGCAACUUCUGCUGGUACUUUCUGCUCACGCAACUACCCCUCUACAUGAACAAGAUACUCAGGUUUGACAUCAAGUCGAACGCAGUCCUCAGCUGUUCGCCGUACUUAAUUAACGCAAUCGUGAACCCGUUCGUGGGAAGAUUGUUGGACUGGGGAAGGAGGAACAACUCUUGGACGCAGACGAAUGCUCGGAAGAUUGCUGUGUUCAUAAGCUGCGUCCCAACGAGUAUAGUCCUUAUUGCCAUCAUGUACAUUGGCUGCGAUCGCUUGACUACCACCGUGCUGUUGAUCGUAUGUAUAAUAUUGUGCGGCACGAUUUUCGUCGGACAUCUUUGCAAUCAGAAUGAUCUGGCGCCGAAUUAUGCUGGAAUUUUAAUGGGCAUCACGAACACACCGGGGACAAUUUCGGCGUUCAUUUUGCCGGCCUUGGUGGGGGCUCUUACGGAGGAUGGGCAUAGCAUGGCACGAUGGAAAUACGUGUUUUGGAUAACUAUCAUUGCCCAGCUGUCAUCGUUCGUUGUGUACGUGUUCACCGGUUCAGGAGAGAUUCAAAAGUGGAAUGAACCACCGGAUACAUGGAAUUAGGAAAUUAAUAAGAUAUCUUCGAAACUAUAUCCACACACAUUGGAAGAGGACGAUUUCCACUUUGAAAGAAAGGCUUGUCAAUUUUUACACAAUUGUUAGGAGAAAUGGCUGUAAAAUAUACAUAUACAAUUUUGCAAUACCUACACUGAGUCAAAAACAUUCUUACUCCACGGCUGUUUCUCAGACGUGUCUUUUUGUGUAGCAACGGGAUGAUUAAAUCUUACACGGCUUAGCGAGACCUUAUAGUGUCCUCCUCACUGGCUUUUUAAUUGUGCUGGAUAAACAAAGUGAACUUGACCGCUUUAAAUACUUUUCUUGUGUUUGAUAAUACGAAAAAAUGUCAAAGUUAUUUACCAUGAUUUACAAAUUAAUCGAUGUUUCUUUUUAAAUGAGAGUGCAAACGUAUUUGCAUCCUUACGGAGUUAAACCUCUCCAGUUAUCUAUAAUACCGCGAUCUUCGCAGGACCUUCAAUUCAAAGUAAUUAGACGUUGGUAAUUAUAGCAUCUUUAUGAUUCAAAAGUUGUUUUAUGAAAUCAACAACAACACCGCUUUCGCAAACUCCAAUCUAAAUAGCGUAAUUAUUUCCAACGUUGAAUCUCAUAUUAUAUUUUAUUCGAAGCGUUAUUUAAUAUUUCGCUAAUAAAUACGUUCCAGGCAAA